AUGGAUUUACUGUGGUUUCAUAAUGACGUCAUCAUCGGGACUUUCCCUCAACCCAGUCUCCCUGAUACUUCGGAAAGGUCAAAAUGGCCUCUGUUAUGGGAGAGACGAUGCUUGAAUGUUAGCAGUAAUUUCGAAACAUAUCUGCUCCUGAACGAGAUGAAUAGCUUCUCGGAGACUAACCGUAUCCUGUAUAAGAUUUCUAACGAGAUGAGAGGUCGGGAUCUUCAAAAUAUAAAACACUUGUGCCAUGGACGGAUACCUUUGAGCGACCUCGAAAAAUCGAAGAGUCCAAGCGCCUUGUUCCAGAUCAUGCUUCAGAGACGAAUGAUAAGUCCGGGUAAUUUGAGUCAUUUAGAGCGCUUGUUGACUCAGAUUGGUAGAGCAGAUCUAGCUGGUAAGAUUCAAACGAAUGGUAACGACACCACGAUGGAAACAGAGAGCGCCGUGUCUAGCAAUCCAAUCGACAAGAGUUAUAGAGCUUUCCUGAUGAAACUUAGUGAUGAAUUAACGAGAGAUAACGUCGACUCGUUGAAGUUUGUUACUGAUUUACCGGGUAAUUAACUUGGUUUUAUAUUUCGUUUCAUCAAACUGUCGAAAAAAAAGUAGCAAACCGAAACGGAUAAUCAAGAAUCCUGGGAGCUACCAUAUUAAAAUGACUGGAAGUCGGUAGCUAUAUAUAUCCUUAGCGCCUAGAGUUUUCUGAGUAGAACCUCAUAUAUCAUUUUAGUACCUUUUAAUGUUUAAACUACUAUCAAGCGAAACUUAGAAGAAGAAGAAGUGAAAUUCAUUUUUAAGUGUCUGUACUGUGAGGGAAUGCAACUGAAUCUGAAAUUAAGGUCUUAUACCCACAGAUCAAUAGUCUGCUAUGUGCUACGAAGUUUCUUUCCCCAACUAUUGCCCUAGUCGUUUAUAUGCCCUCUCCUUAAGAAGAGCCCUUGAGUGUAAAAGCAGGUCACACCCACUUUUUGGGUUUAUAAUACUCUCUGUAUUGCCCUCUUUCAUAAUGACCAUUGGCUCUAAGUGAUCACUCUUCCAAAAUACCUAAACUCUUUUUUUAUAACUAAUUGUGCUUAGAACUUCUCUUUUGAGUACUUCUCUUUGAGCAAUGUGGGAUUAAUUAUGUCAUGUUUUUUCAUUUUAUUUGAUCUGUCCUCUUUACAGGUAAUAAUUAGUUAUAAAAAGCAGCAAAAUCUUGAAAUGACCAUAAAUUUUAAUCUUUGCAAGUGAAAAAAGAUUCAUCUGUAUUACACUCCUAGGGUAAUGGGAAUUCAGGACCUUUGUGUUAUUUAUUUCAGAUGGCAUUGAUGAAAAUGUGCAGAAUGGAAAAGACCUCUUCAAGUAUAUGAUUCAAUGUGGCAGUAUUGGACCUUGUAAUUUGGACCACCUUGCUGACAUGCUCCAGGAAAUACAUCGCAGAGACUUAGCAGAGAGAGUCAGAAAAUUCCAAUCAGAUGGUAUGCUCCUUUUGUUUUUGAGUUUAUAUUCUUGUCUUACAUUGAAACCUGGUGCAGGCAAAUACUGUAGUUAUUCAGUUAUAAGGCACACCGUUUUUUUCAAGAAAUUCCUAAUUUCUACUAAAAAUUACCGGCAAAGUUUGGGUGCGUCUUAUAGGCGAAUAUUUUCCCACAACAAUUUUUUUUUAUCACAGUUACUGGUAUGAUUUCAAGCAAAUAAAAGGAUACACAGUGUUGGUCAUUGACUUUUAUAAAAUAAUGGUGGUUCUGAAAAGACGAGCGAAGUCAAAUUUGCAUGGAUAUGAUACGUGCUCGAGAGCACGUGCUCAGUAAUUUGAUACGUCACAAAACAAAACAAAAAUAAACAAGCGAAGAGAUAAAUACCUUCUUCAUCCAUCCAGCCUUUUUUGUGCACUGAGACCUGCAUUCUCGGCGGUAUGUUAAUUCUUGUUUAAUCAAGGCUUUUGUUUGUGCACGUGGUCACGUAUGCGACAAUUCUGCUUUUGUUAAUUAACAGUAAACUAUAAUCAAUACGCGACUUUUUCGCUUUUUUGAAAGUUUAUGAAAGAAUUUACAAUAAACUUGACUGAUCUUUACUCCCCAAACAACGGUGCGCCUUAAAACCCAGUAUUUUAGCAAUAUUUUCAGUUUGAAAACAUGCAAUAAGGAAGUUGCCGAAUUGAGGGUGCAUCUUAUAGCCUAGUGCGCCUUAUAACCGAAUAACUACGGUACUAAUACAUACACUGUAAGUAGUAGCCUCACAAUUCCACGCUUAACCCUUUAACUCCCAUGAGUGACUACGACAGAAUUUUCCCUUACAAUAUUAAUACAAUAUCAACCAGAUAAGUGAUGAGAAUAAAGAAAAAUAUCAAUUUGAGGAUAAUUAGUCGAUUCAAUACGCAAUUCUCUGAACUGACAUUAUAAGAAUUUUAUAGUUAAUAGUAAUGAGAAUUACAAAUUUGGUCUGGGAGUUAAAGGGUUAACUCUUUAUACCCUAACACCAUUCUUCAUAUUCUCAAUACUGUUCUCUGUACAUUUCCUAAGGUGCUGGCAAGAAGAAUUUGUUUGCAACUUCCCCCUUUAAUUUCCACACUAUUUUUAGCAAAUGGUUAUUCAGAAUGCUCAAACUUAUCAGAUAGAAGUUUUAUCUUGAUCUUUCACCAAAUUCUCGCAACUAAUUUACAAGGAAUUGUGUAGCAGCUAGAGGGGAGAAUUAACAAUCAGAUCCUAAGAGUGAAAAGGAUUAACAGUCAAGAGCUUUGUCUGUUGGUGAUCAUUUCCUUUAUCCCUGUGACCUUAAUAUUUGAUUCAGAGGUCAUAAAUUAUAGUAAGGAGAUGCUAAUCACUCUCAAGUGCUAAAGGGUCACAGCAAACCUUCAGAAAGUUGUCUUCAAAUUAGCUUAAAAUCUGUUAAUGGAUGGUGCCAUUUUGAGUCUGGCUGAGUGCCAAAGAGACUGAAAACUCUUGGUUUUCCUUUUCCUUCUUUAGGCAAUCCUUCAAUACAGGUCAGAGACAGGUCACAGAAAACCUUCAUAGAUUUAUCAUGUUUCAGGCAAAAAAAAUGCAUAUUAAGCAUGUCUUGAGUGUGGUUUUGCUUUUGUUAUUUAAUGCAGUCAGCUUGCUUUGUUCUGCAUUCUUUCAGAAAACAAAAGUUUCCUGUUCAAAAUGCUUGGACUGAAGCAUUAAAUCUUAACAUCUAAAGGACACAAUGGCUGUGGCUUCAAUGAAGCAUUGAAAUGAUUCCACUAGUAUUUCAUAAAAUAUGUUUGCGAAAUUUUUAAGAUGUCAAUAAUAAACUUGAUGCACUUUUUUACUCUGGAUUAUUUAAGAUUCCAGCCUGAGAUUGUGACAACUUUGUUCAAGGGAUCUAAAAUUGCUGUAGAUGCUGCUCCAUUAAGAAGUUAAACUGACUUGCACCUGUACCUCUUGCUUUCUUUCAUUUGUCACUAACUGAAAACAUUUCUCCAUUUUCUUCUAAAUAAUAUAAACAACACACCAACAUAAUGUCAUCAACAUUGGAAUCCCUCUAUUAUUUUAAAAUCUUAAUGCACCAUUCAAAGUUAAACAAAGAGUAAAACAAAAGGCUACCUCAUACGUACUAAUGAGCUUCUUUGGCGCACAUUUUUGAAGCAUGUUUCAGAAAGUUGCACACAUGUGCACACUUUUUUUUAACAUGCUUUUAGCAGGCAUUUUGGGCUAAUUACCUAUUAGCUGUAGUGUGGCUCUUUGCAUGGUGAGUUGACUAUUGGGACAUCAUGGAUGUGAGGCCAUGCCCUACAUAAGGAUAGCAAGUUGACAUCACGACCCUCACCAGUGUCAGACCUGGUGCUUGGUUCUUACUGCAAUGGCUGUGAUUUCCCUGGCAUAUUUAAAAAAUGGGAAAAUUAUCAUAUCCCAGUUUUCUGCUUAUUCUUGACUGUAACUUUUCUACAUUUAAGAAAAAUGUGUUAGACUUACAAAGGGUGAUAGGGAAUUAAAGGUUUAACCCUUUAACCUCUGGUCAACUGAUCACCUAUGAAAAAAGUUCUUGAUUUUUUAACAAAUUCUCCUUGUCAGCACCUUAGGAAAUGUUUAGAGAACAGUAAAGAGGAUAUGUACAUUGAUGUUAGGAUGUAAAGAGUUAAGAAUAUACCAGAAGUGUCAGAAAAUUAUUUUGCUGAUUUUCUUGUUGAUUGUGUGUUUUUUGGAUAACUUGUGUGUUUUAUCUUUUUAAUUUAGGAGGUGUAAGUUCCAGUGCGGCCAAAAUUGACCGGUCAGCUCAAUCACCAAUCAAUGACCAACGCCCAUUUGCAUCAACACAAGCCCCACCACUCAGACCUUUAGUUACUGGGAAGCAGCCAAUAGUGCACCAGAUGGGUGAGCCAAGACCACAAAGUACACCUUUACUUUCUCCUGCACAUUUCAUGGGUGGGCGGGAUGGAGGUCCAGACAACAUUGAACCACGAUUCCCUGUCCAGGCACUGGCUAAUCCAGCAGAAAUUGUUGCUCCCAUGCGGCAAUUAGCGGUUGACGAGGAAGAUGCAAUGCCUUCCUAUCCCAUGAGAAACCGGCCACGUGGUAUUGCACUGAUUAUAAGUAAUGAACACUUCCAGGGAAACCCUGAUUUGAGAGACCGCCAAGGAAAUCAAAAGGAUGUGGAUCAGCUCCGUGAACUAUGGGAAUUCCUGCAUUUUGAAGUAAUUGUCAGAGCGGACCUGCAGUCACAUGAAAUAAUUGAAUGUGUCAGAUGGAUCUCAAUGAUGGAUCACUCAAACUUUGACUGCUUUGUUUGCUGCUUGCUUAGCCAUGGAGCCAAUGGAAGGAUCUAUGGCACAGAUAGUAAAUUGGUGGAGAUAAAUGAUAUUACAGCCAUGUUCAAAGGCGUGGCCUGCCCAUCACUUGCUAACAAACCCAAAUUGUUUUUCAUUCAAGCUUGCAGGGGGCAAGGUCUUGAUGAAGGAGCUUGGAUUGAAGCUGAUGCAGUAGAAAGCAGUCCUGAAGAUGCCAUGAGGAAUAAUGCAGAGCCAAAUGAAAGCCAUUUUCUCUUGGGUUAUGCCACCCCUCCAGGUAAAUUCUCAGUGAAAUCAUGGUAAAAGGUGAAUUUCAGUCAGAAAUUUCUGUUAUUUUAUGUCUGCUUUUUGUAUGUCAUGAAUAUUUCUCAGAGAAUUCACUCACUGACUCACAGGUUUCGUGAUGUGAAAGGUUUCUCCUCUUGUCACAAACAUUACAAUGAACGAAUUACGGUCAACUCACCGACAGUCCAACUCGCCGACGCCAACUCGCCGACGUAUAAAAUCGAGUAGAGACGUCGGCGAGUUGGUCCUCAAUCCAAUACAACUUGUUAGAAGUUAAACAUACAGAAAAGUAAACGAUGUUUAGUAAAAAUACACUGGCGAACAUUGGUGAACAUCAAACAGAAGCUUAGACAUUGGCGAACAUUGGCGAACAUUGGUGAACAUAACCAAUGACUAUAACAGCUUAAGACGCGAGCGAGUUAUUGUGUGACAACAACACUGUAAAGACUCAUCAUGACAAUCGGUCAGAUUUUUUAAGAAAACUUGGCUUUCUAGAUAAGAUCUUUAGUAAAAAGCAAUUCUUUUUAUUUGCAACAAAGUUUAUAAGGAUCUCAAGGCGAAUAAAGUAAAGUAAACAUCGCCAAUGACUAUAUCCGCUUCAGACGCGAACAAGUUAUUGUGUGACAACAACACCUUAAAGACUCAUCAUGUCAAUCGCUCAGAUUUUUUUAAAGAAAACUUGGCUUUCUAGACAAGAUCUUUAGUAAAAGCAAUUCUUUUUAUUUGCAACAAAGUUUAUAAGGAUCUCAAGGUGAACAAAGCGAAGUAAAAGUCGCCAAUGAACAAAAUUGGCUGUAGACGCGAAUGAGUUGUGUGACAACAACACCGUAAAGACUCGUCAUGUCAAUCGCUCAGAUUUUUUAAAGAAAACUUGGCUUUCUAGACAAGAUCUUUAGUAAAAAGCAAUUCUUUUUAUUUGCAACAAAGUUUAUAAGGAUCUCAAGGCGAAUAAAGCAAAGUAAACAUCGCCAAUAACUAUAUCCGCUUCAGACGCGAACGAGAUAAAUAUUCGUUCGCGUCUGAAGCUGUUAGAGUCAUGAAUAAUUUUAUAAUUUAUUGAUUUUCAUUUGCUCAAUAAAUGUACAUGUAAUUAUUUCUUUUGACUUUGAAUUCAUUCUCAACAGGUUAUGUCAGCUGGAGAAGUCAAAUCCAUGGCUCCUGGUAUGUUUCCAAGCUUUGUGAAGUGUUCCGAAAGUAUUGUGAGAAAUAUGAUGUGACGACCAUGAUGGUGAAGGUUAAUGAUGAAGUGUCAGAUGCAUUUACCAAAAGGGGUUACAAACAGUGCCCAGCUCCUGUUGUCACACUCAGGAAGAGAAUCUACUUAAACAAAAACUGAUUGGUAAAGUCUUUGCUCAAAAGUUACCCCUUAAACCCUUUCACUCCAAUGAGUGAUGAGGAGAGAAUUUCUCCUUACAAUAUCAAAACAAUUUCAAAUAGACUAGUGAUGAGAAUAAAGAAAAAUAUUAGCUAAGGUAAUAUUAGUUGAUCCAACACCGAAUUCUCCAAACUGAGAUCUUAAAAAUUGUAUGGUUGUGUGUAAGGAGAAUUACUAAUGAAAUCUCAGGGGUGAAAGGGUUAAGUUAGUAAGGAAAGGAGGUAGAAACUGCUUGUCAAAUGCAGUAUUUUCUGUGCCUUUAGUCAGUAAACAAGUCCCAUGUCCAUUUUCAGGCAAUUAUUGGUAGUAUUCCAUGGUAACUUGAGUUAGGUGGUACAAGCGUGAUUGUGCCUUUUGGUCAAAUGUAACAGGUUUCGCUUUGCUUUGUUGUGUUAGUUAUUCGUUUCUUCUUUUUUCUCUUUUCACCUGCAUUUAAAAGUUGACUGGGCACCCUAAUAUCAGAAUGAAAUUCUCAAAGACGAUUCCUACGGUACUUACAAGGGUAAUUAGUCUAACUGGAGUUUGCAUCAUUUCCUUCAUUCACAUGACCUUCAUGUUGGGAGAAAUUAGAUGCUCACCACUCUUAGGGGUUAUAAGGUUAAGCAUAGUGUGAUUGCCUUGUUUUUCUUCUCAAACAUUUCUCCAUUUUCACUAACACUGUGAAGACAGUAGACCUAUAACACAGCAUAGAACGUAACUUGAGUGCGCUCAAGGGUUGACUAGAUCUUCUACACUGGUCAGCGGCAUGGAAUGUUAACUUAAUAAUUAUAAACUUUGAUAUGAAUGUUAUGGUGUUCAAUGCGUGCAACGAAACAAACCCGAAUUUUUUUUUGCUUGGUUUAAUUUAUUAUGUCAUGUGGAAUAGAAUGCAUCAUGCUAGUGAAAACCGGAAGUGGAAGUACAACAUGAACGUUAUCACUUCUCAGCGGUGAUUGGUGCAAGUUGUUGUUGUUCCCGUCUGUAUUGUAAGGAAUUCUUUUUUUAUGAAUCACGAAAACACGGGAACACAAAUUUAGUGCAACUUAAUUACUUACAUCUGACACUCAGUUGUUUAAAUUUCUAUAAUUUAAAGAUUUCAGAUUUGGCAAGUGUUAUUUAUCGGAUAGAUUAAGUGUCAGCAAAGGGUUGAAUUUUGCUCCAACUGAGGAGAGUGAAACAAGGGUUAGCGUUACCUUGUACAGCAUAUGUGCUUUACAUUAAGAAACUUGCGGAGGUUUUCGUAAGAACUAAGUUUUAUAAACCCAGCACUUGCAACGAAGCGUUAGAAAGUUAUUUCGUAGUGAAUAUAGUAAAGAAAAAAUUGCAUGACCUGCUUGCUAUUUUGUGAUGUAUGGUAAUUCUUAAUUUUUUAGAAUGCUUUCCAAAGUGUUUUCGCUAACGGCUUAAGCCCAUAAUGGUCAUAAGAUUGUUCGCAUUCAUGCAAUUUCCUUAUCUUUUUACCAGUAAGAAUCAUAUUAUUGUCAUAGGACGACGUUCGGUCAGACUUUAUUGAUUGGAGUUCCUUUUAUGUAAACCUCGACAACUACCAUUUGUUAAUCGUAAUUAGUACAAACCACACAGGUGAAUAGUGCUUUUCGCGCGCGCUGAUUGGCUAUUGCGGAAGUGAAUGACAAGUACCAUUCACUUCCCAGCAGUCGGAGCAGCCGAUGAGUUAAAACCGCGCGUCAAGAGUUUAACUUCCGACCAUUCCUUGGUAUAUUGAACCAAAUAAACAAUUGUUUUGGUAUGUGUAUAUUACAUAUUUAAACAUUUAUUCACCCCAGUGUCGGUGGUGUACUUUCACCUCGCCGCUUCGUGGCUUGGUAAAUAUCCACCAUUAUUCACCUCCACUUUGGUGAAUAUUUGUUAAGUAUUGUUUUAGAGUGUAUCGUGAGUAUUAAAUAUUGUUGGAGAUCCUUUGAAAAUUAAAGAAGUACACGUUAGGAAAGGAUCUUAAUGCGAUGUAGGAAAUAUAAGCAUUAAAUAAAAUGUUUUCAUUUUGAAAUUUUCAGCGUGGAGAACUUUUCAAACAUGCACGCUCGUGAAACUAAGAAAAGUAGCUUUUAGAAAAAUGGAGCGGACAGGACGUUGGUGGAAAAUUACUUUUCUCCGUUUGCUUCGAUGUAGUAAGAAGUCGAAU